UUCUACUUGAACGCUCAUCGAUUGUCUGAAGUUUGAAAAUACUCAUCCAGAUUAUGAACCAUUCGAAUGCUUUUUAGCUCCUAAAUGUAAUAGAGUUUUUCACGUCAUCUCACAGACUUAAUUUCUUUUGGAGUACAUUCUCUAUUAUUCUUUUCGUAAGCUAAACUUUGAAUUACAUGAUCAAUUUUGUAUUUUUUAACAGCCAUACGUUCCAAACGGAUAUCAUUCAGGUGGAGCUUCAUAUGUGUUGAGUCGUGAAGCAUUGAGACGAUUUUACUUGACUAAUAAUGAUUCGAAAUCUCAAUGUCAGGAAGAUGGUGGUAGUGAAGAUAUUGAAAUUGCUAAAUGUCUUCGUAAUGUUGGUGUCUUACUAGGUAAAUCGAUCGAUCAACACAAACAUGAGCGUUUUCAUCCAUUGAAUUUGAAUGAUCACUUCUUUGGCAGAGUUCCUGAUUGGCUCGGUCAAUAUGCUGAAAAUCAACCGUUAUUUGGAUAUGACUGUUGCAGUGAAGAAACGAUUUCAUUUCAUUAUGUCAGUGCAGAUGAACAAUAUAAGAUGGAUCGCAUACGUUAUGGAGCUCGAUCAUUGAUCGCAUAA